AUGAAUUUGGUAUCAAUAGAUGAUAAAAAAAAUCGAAAAUUAGAAAAAUUAAGCGAGAUUUGCGUACGAAAGUUGAUUCAGUCGAUUAAAUUAAUCAAUGAUUUUGGGGAUUUUAACAAUUACAAUACGUUAAAGCCGAUAUUGAUUAAGAUGGAUUAUUUGCAAUUGAAGCAGGUUGAAGCCAGUAAUCCUGAGUUGAAGGGCGAGAAUAAUAUAAAUUGGUAUAAUUUGAUAAUAAGAGAUUUUCCCAAGCAUACAUUAACGAUCAAAAUUCAAAAGGAAUUUAAUAAUAGUAAUGAUAAUACUAAGGAUAAUAAGAAGGAUAAGAGUAAAAAUAGAAUUAAAAGAAACUACUUUAGGAUGUACGAAAAAAUAUAUAAUGAAGUCAAAGAGAAAAGAGAAAACGCAUUAAUCAAAUUGAAAGAAAGUUAUAAAUCGUACAAGGACAAUAAGGAAUUCAAGAUAAUAGAGCUCAAGCAGCCAGAUGUGAUCAUAAGAAAACGGAAAUCAGAUUACAGCUAUUAUAAUAACAAUGGGAACAAUGAUAACAAGAGACAUAUUGGGUACAGUAAUUAUGAUAGAUUCAAGUCGCCGAUGAUGAGAAAAAUCAGCAAAGAUGUGUCGAAUAAGGGGACUAUUAAUAAAUACAGCAAUUUGUUUAUCAAUACUAAUUACAAUAGCAGUGGUGUUUCCAGUGGGGCAAAUGUUGCGGCUGUUAAAAGAAGCGCAAUUACUACUAACACCACUAAUCAUACUCCUACUACUCCUAUUACUGCUACUCCUAUUACUGCUACUACUCCUACUGGUAAUGCCUCCAAGAAUAACCAAAUAGCGAGAAAUCGAAAAGAGCCCUUGGCCAACAAUAAGGCUGCUAGGAUACCUGGUAACAAACACAGCGAGACAGCACUCGGAGGGAGCGCGCCAAAAAGCACAAAAGCUGUGUCCAGAGAAGGCGCAAAUACAAGCAGCAAAAGAAACAGAAGCAGCAAAAGCAGCAGGGAGAAGAAACCAGAUAGCAAGAAAAGACGACCCAGGCCGACGGUAAGUGCCAUCUUUAUGGAUAGGUGA